AUGAAUGGAGGCGCAGGAACUGGAGCAGGAACAGGAGGGUUAGGAGGAACAGUGCCUAAUCUAGAUAAAAUCGACCUUGGAUUCGGAUUUAAUAUAUUGAGUUUAUAUAUGAGUAUGAACGUUCCUUCUAUAGGAAACACAUAAUACUUAAAGGAAUAGCCAUCUUAAGUAUGCUUAAAGUUUUUUAUUUGA